CGGAGCCCUGCCGCCGCACACGCAGCAUUCUGAGGGGCAGCGUGUCUGACUCUGAGUGGAGCAGAACAUGCUGCUAGGAGCCUCAUGGCUACAGUAAUUGCUGUGCUGGGAGUCUUCUGGACUCAAGCUUAUUCAUAUGAAAUUUAUAGCCUCCCAGGAACAAAUGGUGACUAUGUCCAGCAAACUGUGACUAUUAGCAAUGAACUUCAUAUUGCUGAUAUCCAUAUCCAUGCUGGGAUAUGCUCCUCUGAUACCAUUUUUGACUACAAACAUGGAUAUAUUGCUACAAGGCUGUUUUCCCGGAGGGCCUGCUUUAUCUUGAAAAUGGAGAAAGGAUAUAUCCCAGAGCUGGAAGAAAUUGGACGGCUUGCUUACGAGAAACAGAUGAUGAACAAGAUGUUUUCCCAGAAAAACCUGUGGGUGCAAUAUGAACCCAGUGAUUCUAUAAUCGGUGAAAUCAAGGAGUGGCUUAUCUUUGGUAAACCCAUUGAGAAACUCUGCAAAGGUGUGCCUGUCUACAGGGUUCACAAGGUUGAAGGUGCCAUAAGAGCUGGUGGCUGUGCAAAGGCAGGAAUUCUGGGCAUUUUGGGCAUUUCAAUCUGCGGAAAGAUCAAUAUUUAGACAUAAC